AUGUUAAGUGGGAAAUCUUGGGUUGAGAUUACUGAAGAGGAUGAAGAAGAACAACAACUAAAAGAACAACAACUAAGAGAACAACAGCAACAACAACAAGAACAAUAUGGUGGUGAUGACCAACAAGAAGACUCAUAUGAAGAACAAGAUGAAGAAGAAUAUGAUCAAGAUCAACAGCAACAGCAAGAACCACCACGUCAUGGCCAGGGUGGUGGCGGCACCCAAAGAUUUGAUAGAAGAGAUAGAGGAGGUCAUAUGCAGAAAAGAGGAGCAAGAGGAGGAGGGUUUAGAGAUGACUAUGGAGGUGGUGGUGGAAGAGGUGGUUAUAACCAUCAUGGUAAUGAUAGAGGUGGAAACCAUCGAAAUAGUGUCUUUAACAAAUCUCCAAUGAAACAACAACAACACCAUCAUGUAGGUGGUGGAGGAAGAGGAGGAAACCAAAGAGAUGGUAGAGAUAAUGAUAAUAAUCAUAGAUCGUCACCGGCACCAUCUCCAACUCCACAACGCGUAUAUAGAGAUUUUGACUCACCAUUUGGCAGCCAGGAAUAUUCCAUUCCAACAGACCAUGCGUCUCCAUCACCUAAACGUGAUAAAAGAGAUUACAGCGACAACUAUUCAUCAUCAUCAUCGCCAAUUGACAACAAUAGAUUCAAAGACAAGAGAUCAGAUCAACAUCAUGAUAGUGGUGGUGGUCGUAAAUCACAACAAUCGUCAUCUGGUGGUAGAUUCGAUUCUCCUUCUCGUGAUCGAGAUAGAGAAAGAGAAAGAGAAAGAGAGUCUCCAUUUAGAGAUCAACAACAAAGAAAUCAGAAUCAUUCUUCUUCUUCUUCACCAAAUUUCAAAGGAGGUGAUCUCAGAGAUACAAUUGUGAACCAUCAUCAAGAAAGAAGAAAUCAUACCCCAUCAAAAUAUUCUGAUAAUUCUAGAGAUGAUGGACCGUCACCAUCACAAUUCAAGGGUGAUCUAAGGGAUUUGAUAAACCAAGAGAAACGUGAUCAUCGAUCGUCUCCAUCGCCAUCACCAUCGCCGUCACAAUUCAAGGGUGACCUUAGAGACUUGAUCAACGAAGAGAAAGAAAAAGCAAAAUCACCAUACAAUACACCAACCAAAACACUCGACCAACGAUUCAGUUCAAAUUCACCAUCACCUGCUGCUGGAAAUAAUAGAAAAGUAAAACAGUAUCACCGUGAUGAAGAUGAAGAAGAAGAAGUGGAGGAUGAAGAUGAGGAUGAAGAAGAAGUGGAUGAUGAAGAAGAAUUGGAGGAAGAAGAAGAGGAAGAAGAAAAAGAAGAUAAAAGAAAACCACAAUUUAAAAGUUAUAAAGAUAAGAUUAGAGAAAGAGAAAAGGCAUUAAAGAGUGAAAAGGAUCGUGUAUUAUAUUCCCCAAUUACACGUGUUCAACAUACCGAUACACGUGAUUUAUCAACUCCACCACAACCACGAAGAAGACAACUAGAGGAACUAAGUCCAUACGCUUCUCCACAACCAUCACCACAAGUUAGAAAAAGUAACAACACAAGAGGCUCUGAUCAAAAAUCUCAUACUCCACAAAAAUUAGUAUUUGAUGCAUCUGAUACACCUAAAACGCCACCAUCAACUUUAAAACAACAACAACCAAAGUCAACACCACCUCCAUCACAACCUAAAAAAGAACAACAACAACAACAAGGGGAGGAUGAAGAUGAAGGUCCAAUUGUUGGAACUUGUAAAGAAUAUGAAAAGAAAUAUUUAAGAUUAACUACUAAAGCAGACCCAACAAAAGUUAGACCUCAAAAUGUAAUGGAAACAUGGUUACCAAUGUUGGUUCGUAAAUAUAAACAAACUCGAAAUUAUGAUUAUACAUUGGAUCAAAUGAAAUCAAUUAGACAAGAUUUGGUUGUUCAACAUUUAAGAAAUUCCUUUACUUUGGAAGUUUAUGAAACAAAUGCAAUUAUUUCUUUGGAGAAUAAUGAUUUUCAAGAAUUUGGGCAAUGCUUAUCACAAAUUAAAGAAUUAUAUUCAAGUCAUAUACUAAGUAAAUACAUGUACGAAUUUGUAUCUUAUGAUAUCUUGUUUACUAUUUGUUUUAGUCCCGAAGAUAUCGACACUUUAUUACCAAUUUAUAACAAAUUUAAUUUAUUGGAGAAUGAACUGGUAAAACACUCUUUCAAUGUAUCAAAGGCAGUUGUAACCAAUAAUUAUUGUCAAUUCCAUCGAUUGUACUGUACAUCAUUUAAUCAUCAAAAAUAUUUGUUGGACAAGAUAUUAUCAACUAAAUUUAGAGAUAGUACUUUUGGUCCAAUUAUUAAAUCGUUUAAACCAUCAAUUCAUUUUAAUCUUUUGGAAAAACAUUUAUCGUGUAUUUCAAGGGACCAACUUGUCAAUUAUUUAAAUGAAAAGGAAAUGGUUAUAGAUUUGGAUAAAGAGCUCCUCAUGCCAAUCAAAAAAUCACCAGUUCCACCACCACAAAAAUAA